AUGGAGUUCCAGCUGCAGUUCUGCCUAAGACAGCUUAAAUUCCAUCAACCAUUCUGGCCAGAACAACCUCUUUAUACUGAGAUAAUUGUUAAAGUCUUCACCAGUCUGAGGCAAGAAAAGAAAUUACUUGGGAGAUAUUCCUCACCCAAAUUCACAAUCUGGCACGCUCAUACACCAAAGAAAGCUGACUUGUUGACCAAACCAUGGUUCUCAGGGCAGUGGGGAACUUUGCCCUUCCACCACAGGAGUGAUCGUAAAACAGGUGAACAAUUUGGCACGCCCAGUGGGACUUCUCAGUAUACAUAUUCUCACAGAAUUCGUCUCAAAUUUAUAAAUAUUGGAAGCUCUAGCCAGAAUCCACACUACGACAUGGAGAUAAACCAAGUGGCUCUCAGGGAAGGACUUGAGUCAAAGGAGAGUGAUGCCCGGCACUUAGCGCACGGCAGCACAGGAAGCAGAAGAUCCAGGACCGGCUCCAGAAGGAUGAACCUGAUACAGGAAUCUGUGGUACGACAAGAGGUCACAACACAAAGGAGCCAGGACACUCUAAAUAAUAUGACAGCCAUGAUGCAAUGUCAGGUCAAUAGGCAGUUCAGGAAGGACCGUGAGGCUGCCAUGGCCAGAAUUCAAAAUCCGGAUGCUGUAGUCCAGCAACUAGACCUUCCCUAUGGUCCCCCACCAGGAUUGGCAUGGCCAUAUCAAGAGAAUCCUCUUAUUGCACAGAUAGUUGGGAUGCCAGAACGUGGGGAAAUUCAGGCUGGACAAAGAGGAGGAGCCCUUCCUGUCCAAGAGUGUCAGGCCCUAAUUCGGCCGGAAAGCCCUGCACCAGGACAAAUUUAG